GUCGAUUUUAAAAUCGAGGCUUUUGGUAUUGUCGAAGCGCACAGCCCAGCUUCGGCCAGAGCAAUAGUUAAGAUGCACCAAAGCAACUGACCAACCCUCCACCACUGAGAAUACCAAGUCGACAGAUCCAUACACGGAGCACAAACUGAAUUGAGGGAGAGUUCCACAGCAAAGUGACGACUUAUCAUUCGAGAUGUGCAGUUCGAUUAAGAAGGUUCGCAUCCCAGGCGUAGUGUUCCUAUUCGCCAGGCUCUCGAUAUGGCCUCCAUUGGGAACCGAAGAUUGCCCCAGAGAACAGACCCUUGCUCGAGCUGACAAUUCAGCCUUAACCGAUGUCAUGGAUCAAAAGGAACUUCGUGAUUUGGGAUCAGCUCAGGCUGCCCUGGUGUCCGUGAGGUCAAGCAAGCUCCUCAUGGGGCCAACUUACUCUCAGCGUUGUGCUCGCCUGUCUUGUCUCAGGGGGUGUCUUUCCGGGGAAUUACAGCAACUACACACCCGCACCCGGUUGCUGCCGCUUCAAACGGCGGUAGACACUAUCGGAACAUGGCUAACGAUCAGGUAAUAUAUGGAUACCUGUGUGUCUGAUCUGUGUAGCACCCAUGCCCGCCCAAUUUUUGAGGUGUCUAGGCAAGAUAACAACAAAUGAACGGCUGGAGGCAUCCAUGGAUCCUGCAUAAACGAAAACUCAAUGAAGCUUCCACUCCACUCAGCCAUCAUGACUCUUAUCAUUGGCUUGCUGGUUCGGGGCUGAAAUCCAAUUCGA